AUGGACCAAGAGAAUCUCACACGAAUUUCAGAAUUCAUCUUCUUGGGAUUUUCAAAGACUUGGGGGGCUCAGCUUUUUAUGUUUCUGGUGUUCCUGUUUGUCUACACUACCACUGUGGUGGGGAACCUCCUCAUCAUAAUCACAGUAACCUUAGACUCCCGGCUGCACACACCCAUGUACUUCCUGCUCAGAAAUCUGGCUAUUUUGGACCUUUGUUUCUCUUCUGUCACUGCCCCAAAGAUGCUGGUGGACUUCCUCUCUGAGAGGAAGACCAUCUCCUACCAGGGUUGCAUGACUCAGCUAUUCUUCUUCCAUUUUCUGGGUGGGGCCAUGGUCUUCUUCCUCUCAGUGAUGGCCUAUGACCGCCUGGUGGCAAUCUCCCGGCCUCUGCACUAUGUCACCAUCAUGAACACUCAGCUCUGCGUGGGGCUGGUGGUAACAGCCUGGAUGGUAGGCUUUGUUCAUUCUAUGACCCAACUGGUUUUAAUGCUCCCAUUGCCUUUCUGUGGUCCCAACAUCCUGGAUAACUUCUACUGUGAUGUGCCUCAAGUGCUGAGACUUGCCUGCACAGACACUACUGUCCUCGAAUUCCUCAUGAUAUGUAACAGUGGGAUGCUGGAUGUUAUCUGGUUCUUUCUUCUCCUGAUCUCCUACUCAGUUAUCCUGGUGAUGCUGAGGUCCCAUUCAGAGCAGGCAAGGAGAAAAGCUGCUUCCACCUGUACCACCCAUAUCAUUGUUGUGUCCAUGGUCUUCAUACCCAGUAUAUACCUCUAUGCUAGGCCCUUUACCUCUUUCUCCAUGGACAAGGCUGUGUCCAUCAGUCAUACAGUCAUGACUCCCAUGCUCAACCCCAUGAUCUACACUCUGAGGAACCAGGAGAUGCAGGCAGCAGUGAAGAGGUUAGGAAGGCGCUAUCUGGUUUGUAAGAAGGAGUGA